GGCGCCGAGCAGCUGCGGCCGGGCCCGGCGAGGCCGGCGCGGGAGGGAGGAGGCGCCGCCAGCCGGCCGGCCACCGUGCGCCCCGCGCCGCCGGCCUCCCGGACGCGCUCGCGGAAGAGCCCAAAGUUUGCCGCGGCCGGGAGCCGCCGCCCGCCGGGAGCCCGGGGCCCGUCGCGCUUCCCGGUACUGUUGGCCAACUUUGCCCGUCUCUCCCCCCGUCCCCUCCCCGUCCCCGUCCCCUCCCCACCCCUCUCCUCCCCUCCCUCCGCGGCCCCCCCACCUCGGCCGAGGCCGGGGGCGCGGAGCGCAGCGCUCGGGCCGGCCGAGCGGGCAUGGGCGGGGACCCGAGCGGGGACGGGGAGCCGGGGCCCGCGGCCCGAGCCGGGCAGCGGCGGCGCUGAGGGGAGCCGACCUCCCCGCCGGGGCACCUCCGACGCCAGCAUGCCGCGGCCGGGCCCCCGCCUGUGGCUGGUCCUGCAGGUGAUGGGUUCGUGCGCCGCCAUCAGCUCCAUGGACACGGAGCGCCCGGGCGACGGCAAGUGCCAGGCCAUCGAGAUCCCGAUGUGCAAGGACAUCGGCUACAACAUGACCCGCAUGCCCAACCUGAUGGGCCACGAGAACCAGCGCGAGGCAGCCAUCCAGCUGCACGAGUUCGCGCCGCUGGUGGAGUACGGUUGCCACGGCCACCUCCGCUUCUUCCUGUGCUCGCUGUACGCGCCCAUGUGCACCGAGCAAGUCUCCACCCCCAUCCCCGCCUGCCGGGUCAUGUGCGAGCAGGCCCGGCUCAAGUGCUCCCCGAUCAUGGAGCAGUUCAACUUCAAGUGGCCCGACUCGCUGGACUGCAGCAGGCUCCCCAACAAGAACGACCCCAACUACCUGUGCAUGGAGGCGCCCAACAACGGCUCGGACGAGCCCUCCCGGGGCUCCGGCCUGUUCCCGCCGCUCUUCCGGCCGCAGCGGCCGCACAGCGCGCAGGAGCACCCGCUCCGGGACGCGGGCCCGGGGCGCGCCAGCUGUGACAACCCGGGCAAGUUCCACCACGUGGAGAAGAGCGCCGCGUGCGCGCCGCUGUGCGCGCCCGGCGUGGACGUGUACUGGAGCCGCGGCGACAAGCGCUUCGCCGUGGUCUGGCUGGCCGUGUGGGCCGUGCUGUGCUUCUUCUCCAGCGCCUUCACCGUGCUCACCUUCCUCGUCGACCCGGCGCGCUUCCGGUACCCCGAGCGCCCCAUCAUCUUCCUCUCCAUGUGCUACUGCGUCUACUCCGUGGGCUACCUCAUCCGCCUCUUUGCCGGCGCCGAGAGCAUCGCCUGCGACCGCGACAGCGGACAGCUCUACGUCAUCCAGGAGGGGCUGGAGAGCACCGGCUGCACCCUCGUCUUCCUGGUCCUCUACUACUUUGGGAUGGCCAGCUCGCUGUGGUGGGUGAUUCUCACGCUCACCUGGUUCCUGGCGGCGGGCAAGAAGUGGGGCCACGAGGCCAUCGAAGCCAACAGCAGCUACUUCCACCUGGCGGCCUGGGCCAUCCCGGCCGUGAAGACCAUCCUGAUCCUGGUGAUGCGCCGGGUGGCGGGGGACGAGCUCACCGGCGUGUGCUACGUGGGCAGCAUGGACGUGAACGCCCUCACCGGCUUCGUGCUCAUCCCGCUGGCCUGCUACCUCGUGGUGGGCACUUCCUUCAUUCUGUCCGGCUUCGUGGCGCUCUUCCACAUCAGGAGGGUGAUGAAGACCGGCGGGGAGAACACGGACAAACUGGAGAAGCUCAUGGUGAGAAUCGGGGUCUUCUCGGUGCUCUACACGGUGCCGGCCACCUGUGUGAUCGCCUGUUACUUCUACGAGCGCCUCAACAUGGAAUACUGGAAGGUCCUGGCCACCCAGCACACGUGCAAAACGAACAACCAGACCAAGAGUCUGGACUGUCUGAUGGCCGCCUCCAUCCCCGCCGUGGAGAUCUUCAUGGUGAAGAUUUUCAUGCUGCUGGUGGUGGGGAUCACCAGCGGCAUGUGGAUCUGGACGUCCAAGACCCUGCAGUCCUGGCAGAACAUUUGCAGCCGCAGGUUCAAGACAAAGAGCAGGAGGAAACCGGCCAGCGUGAUCACCAACAGUGGGAUUUACAAAAAGGGCCAGCAUCCCCAAAAGACGCAUCUGGGGAAAUAUGAAAUCCCUGACCAGCCUCCCACCUGUGUGUGAACUGGCCCGUGGGGGGUG